UGAUUUCCAGUCUAUGUGUGCAUGGACACAUAGGAUAACACGCCGGGGAUGGACACAUAGGAUGACAUGCCGGGGAUGGACACACAUAGGAUAACACGCCGGGGAUGGACACAUAGGAUAACACGCCGGGGAUGGACACAUAGGAGAACACGCCGGGGAUGGACACAUAGGAUGACACGCCGGGGAUGGACACAUAGGAUGACACGCCGGGGAUGGACACAUAGGAUGACACGCCGGGGAUGGACACAUAGGAUGACACGCCGGGGAUGGACACAUAGGAUGACACGCCGGGGAUGGACACAUAGGAUGACACGCCGGGGGUGGACACAUAGGAUAACA